AUGGCAUUCCAGGAUUUUGACCAGAUAACUGAGCGCCGAAAGACCGAGAAUGCCCGUAAGCUCAAGAGGAGGAUUAUCAUCGCAGUUGUUGCAGUCAUCCUCCUCGUUGGAAUUAUCGUUGCAGCCAUAGUGAUUGUGAACAAAAUGAAGACGGACAAGGCAACCAAAAAAGCUAGCAAACCUGCUCCAGCACCACCAAAGCCCACGGAAGAUCCACCCACCCAAGAUCCAACCAAGAAUGAGACAUCAACUUCUAGCAAGAUUGUACAGCAGAUGUGCGGGUCAACUGAUUACAAGGACAGGUGCAAGGAAGUCUUCAAAAAUACAAAGGACCCCAUAUCUAAACCCAAAGAAGUCAUCAAGACCGCCAUCUCUGGAGCCUCGGAUGAGGCCAAGAGUGCCUUUACCAAAGCCAGCGAGCUCACUUUUGACAAAGAGGAAGACAAGGAAGCCUUUGAGGAUUGCAAGGCACUAUUUGACAAUGCCAAGGAAGAAUUAGAAGAAUCCGUGGAUCAAGUUGGCAACAGUACCACUUCCGGGAAAAUGAGAACCGGUGUCUUGAACAGUUGGUUGAGUGCGGUCAUAUCAUACCAGCAAACAUGCAUUGAUGGGUUUCCUGAUGGAGAUGUGAAGUCUAAAAUGUCGGAGACCUUGGAGGCCACCAAGGAGCUCACUAGCAAUUCCCUUGCCAUGAUUUCACUACUUUCCGAAUUAAAGGUACCUGGCAGUGGAGGAUCAUCAGGUUCAUCACGUCGUCUUCUGGCACAGGACAAGGAUGGCUUUCCUUCCUGGCUGACCCAUGAGGAGCGACGGGUGUUGAAGAAAAACGAUGAAAAGCCCACACCCAAUGUCACCGUGGCAAAAGAUGGCAGUGGGAACUACAAAUCCAUUAGUGAAGCAUUGUCGGCCAUGCCUGAAAAAUACGAAGGAAGGUAUAUCAUCUAUGUUAAAGAAGGAGUCUAUGAUGAGACUGUGAAUGUGACAAAGAAGAUGCCAAAUCUUACCAUAUAUGGUGAUGGAUCACAAAAGAGCAUCAUCACUGGGAAUAAGAACAAUGCAGACGGAGUUAAGCUGUUCAACACUGCAACUUUUGUGGCCUUAGGAGAAGGUUUCAUUGCAAAGUCCAUGGGAUUCAGAAACACAGCUGGUCGUGAAAAGCAACAGGCAGUGGCAGCCAGAGUCCUAGGAGACCGUGCUAUUUUCCUCAACUGCCGAUUUGAAGGGUACCAAAACACAUUAUUUGUACAGGCUCAUCGGCAAUUCUAUAAAAGCUGUGUUGUUUCCGGCACCGUUGAUUUUAUCUUCGGUGAUGCUGCUGCUACCUUCCAGAACUGCAUAAUUUAUAUCCGGAAACCUAAGGAAAACCAACAGAACAUAGUUACAGCCCAAGGAAGAACCGACAAACAUGAAACCACGGGAAUAGUGUUGCACAAUUGCAAAAUCUUACCGGACAAAGAAUUUGAGUCUGAGAAAUCCCAAUUCAAGAGUUACCUUGGGAGGCCGUGGAAGGAGUACUCAAGAACCAUAGUGAUGGAGUCUACAAUAGAGGAUGUGAUUGACCAAGAUGGAUGGACUGAAAUGGAUGGAGACUUUGGAAAAAAGACUCUAUUUUAUGGUGAGUAUAACAACAACGGACCCAGGUCCAAUACUGAUAACAGAGUGAAAUGGCCUGGCUACAAGGUCCUUAAUAAGGAUGAGGCUAUGGCUUUUACUGUAGGUCCUUUCUUGAAAGGGAAUGCUUGGCUCAAGAAUCUCAAUGGUGUUCCUGUUCGAUUUGGCUUAUUUGGUAACUAGCUAAGGGCUUCAUUUUCAUAUACCAAAAUGAUCAGAAUUUCAAGAAAGAUUAGUGGAAACAUUUGUGUCUCUAA